CCCCGGCCCCGCCAUUUCAGACCGGGACGGGCAGGGACGCGGAGCGCCGCCGAGGCGGGGCGGGCAGGGAGGCACCGGCGUGCUCCCGCGGCCCGCGGCAGCGCCAGGGCAGGUCUGCUAAAAAAUGACAGAAUACAAGCUCGUGGUGGUUGGAGCUGGUGGUGUAGGCAAGAGCGCCCUGACAAUACAGCUCAUCCAGAACCACUUCGUGGAUGAAUAUGACCCGACCAUAGAGGACUCCUACAGGAAGCAGGUGGUCAUCGAUGGGGAGACCUGCCUCUUGGAUAUCCUGGACACGGCGGGCCAGGAGGAGUACAGCGCCAUGCGGGACCAGUACAUGAGGACGGGAGAAGGCUUCCUCUGCGUGUUUGCUAUCAACAACACAAAGUCCUUUGAAGAUAUUCACCAUUACAGGGAACAAAUCAAGAGAGUGAAGGACUCUGAAGAUGUCCCCAUGGUGCUCGUAGGAAACAAAUGUGAUUUGCCUUCCAGAACAGUAGACACAAAACAAGCUCAGGAUUUAGCAAGGAGUUAUGGAAUUCCCUUCAUUGAAACAUCAGCAAAGACAAGACAGGGCGUGGACGAUGCCUUCUACACGUUAGUGCGGGAAAUCCGGAAGCACAAAGAGAAGAUGAGCAAAGAUGGGAAGAAGAAGAAGAAGAAGACAAAGACAAAGUGUACAGUGAUGUAAAUACAGCCUCUCCUCCUCGGGGAUCUCAAGAGGCCCUUUUGUACAUUACACUAAAUUAUUAGCACCUGGUUUAGCCUUGCUCUGUUCUCUGCUUCCUGCUCCUCUUAGCUUGCCCCGAGUGCUUGUUUCCCAGGGCAGUGGACUCUCCAUCCCUCUCAAGUGCCAGUAUUCCUUGACUCUUUGGUUCUUCAAAUAGCAACGCCUGUGAGAAACACCACCCCAGCUGAGCCCUCACUUGAGACUCUUUGGUGCAUGCACAGUUUCUGUCUGUUUUUUCUUACUGAUUGUGAUCCUGUUCUGUGUGCAGAAGCAAACUCUGAGCUGAUGCUCUCCACAUUGUGGGCUCGCCGUGGAUUUGACCUCUGGCUGGGCAACAGGAGCAGUUAGCAAAAGAGCCUUUUCUUGGCUUUGGACUGACUGCAGGAGAGACCAGAAGCCUUGACAGUCUUCCCAUAGCUUUUUUUCGCUUCCAGGCAUCAAGUCUUGUAGCAUUUCAGCUCAGCCCAAGUGAAUGUAAAGGUUUCAGGUGGCAGAUUCUCCCUGCAGGCUGUCAUGGCUGCUCCUCAAAUGUUCUAUUUUUUCUAUUAAAAAGGCAAAACAAUUUAAACCCUCUCCCUGCACAUCUGCAGUGGGAGAGGGCCAAGUUCUGAUGCAGCUGACUUGCUCAUGUCCAUGCAUUGUUUUAAGACUCCCCUGACUGUGUGGCUGCAGGGCCAAGGUGCCACCCCAGCUCUCCUGACUCUAAAUCUUCCAGCAGCUGUGUUCAGCAGAUGCAGGGUUUCACCCUUGGUGUCUCUAGGAAAAGCCUUAACAGAAGUUGAUGCCAGUUCCUAGUUAAUCCUCAGUUACCUCACAGGUGGAUCAGGAGGUCAGCAGAAGAAUGAGAUCAGAAUGAACCCUGAGUGAUGCAGCAAAGUCAAACCAGUGCUAGGUUGUCUCUUUCCCACCACUAAGCAUUUCCACAGCCCUGAGUUGUGCAAAAGAGGGGAGGAUUUUAAAUCCUAGUGAGAGCAGACCAAGGUGAACUCAGCUGCUUCCUGCAGAUGCUCUGGGAAUCCUCUGUGCCAUGAACCUGAUGUGGAGCCUGCAGAGGUAGGCAGCAGAGAAGGAGGCUUCCAGAGUCUGUCUUGGUGGGGUGAUGCUUUUGGAAUGCUGUGUUAGUUGCACAGCUGAAGUGCUUGGUGAGUGGCAUUCCAGUGCCCAGCCUGUCCUCAGGCCAACACUUUAAUGUUACCUCUGUCACUAAGUUCUCUCCUGAUUUCCUCCUCUCCCUUUAACUGGAAGUGAUGCAGAAUUUGGGAAGAAGUUUCCAUGUUGUGAGAACUGCCCCAAGCUGAGUCUGCAGUGAAGCAGGAGCCAGGGACUGCAGUGGUACCAGCUUCUGUGGCUUAGUGCAUGCUGCAGUGGUUGGUUGUUUCCUUAGGGCCUGGGUGCCUGCAGGUUCCCUUCAUAGCUCCUAAAGGUUCACUUUUUUCGUAGCACUGACUCAGCUGCAGGGUGGAACUGAGUCAGUUUGACUCUAAUGUAGCCCAACCCCCUCCAUGAGGUGCCGGAGCAGGACAGUUCAGGGCACUGGGAGGUCUGACCAGGGAGGAGCAGCACUGAAGUGUAGGUGGGAAUUCUGCGCAGGACAGAGGGACCUGGGGUGUUGCUGAGAUGCCAGAGGUGCAGCUGCAUGAAGAAAGGCUUCUCUGGAUCUACAAAACCCAGGAAACCCUGCAGUGAGUCUCUGGGGAUGCUGCCUGUUCUCCAGUUUCAGUGUGGCUGAGACAAUCCUUCCCCCACUGCCCACCUUCCAGCAGACCCCAGACCCACUCCGUACAGCUUGGGUGUGAAAUACAAAUUGGGAGUUCUUCUGGAAAGGCAGGGAUAGCAGAACUUCACAUUUGAUUGUGAGGACCAGCAGGAGUAGACUCUUGAGGCCACAAAACAUUUUACAGCCUCCAGGGUUAAAAGAUUUUGGAGCCAGGUUGGUGAUUUGCAGAGUCUGGACACACUUGAGUCUAUCUGAAGUAUGUGGCAAGAGUGGAUGCUGUUCCUUCAGCAGGUGGAAGUGAUCUUAAGAUGAAGAUUUUGGGAUUACUGAGACACUGCCUGUAAAAUUAGGCCUGGUCUAAAGUUCUUCUGUUAAAUUAACACAAAACUGGCAGGAUAAGGUCUAAAAUUCUUGGGUUUAACUCAAAACUGGUAGGAGAACAUCUAAAAUUCUGUUGAUUUGCUAAAAACUGGUAUCAGAGUCUAAAAUUGUUAACAGUUUGUCAUCAGCCGUAAGAAUUUUAGACCUUCUCCUGUGUUUCACUAAAAGCUGGUAGGAGAAGGUCCAAAAUUGGUGUGUGUAUCUCCUGCCUGGUAGGAGCAGUUGUAGCUGCAGUGUCUGCUCCUCCCUCUGGCUUGGUCUCUAAAGCAGCUGGUUUUGCCCUGUGAGGGUGACCUGUAGCCACCUGUCUGAUGAGGCAGCACAAAGUGCACCUCCAUCAGCUCUGCUUGCCUGUGGUAAACAAUGGAGAGAUCUGUGGCACUGCUGUGCAGUUUUGCCUUGCCCUUUGCAGAGCUGCACUGGAGCAUGGUGGGCUGCAGCCAGCACAAGUCCCUCCUGGAGUGGGUUGGGUUGGAAGGGACCUCAGAUCUGCUGCUCCAACCCUCUGCCACAGCCAGGGACACCUUCCACUAGCCCAGGUUGCUCCAGGCCUUAUCCAGCCUGGUCUUAAACACCUCCAGGGAGGGCUCUCCUGUCUCUCCCUGCUGGAAAUGCUUGCAGAGAACAUCCCUAGGUGCUGUCUGCUGAAGGAACACAAGUCCCAGCCUCUGGCAGCACUGUGCUGCUGGGCACCUUGCUCACAGCUCCAGCUGCCCUGAGCUGCCCCUUGGCCCUGAAACUGUUACUAACUUAGGCCCCCAGGACUUCACUGCCUCACUUCAGGUAACCCUGAGACACAAUCCCCUGUGCUUCUGUCCCUGUGGCUUCCCCUCCAGGACCAUCAAGCUCGACCCAGCUCAGUUCUGUCUCCAGUUUACAUGAAGCUACCCAGCUGGGAAAAUCUUUCUUCCUAUUUCUUUACUCCACUGUCUUUGGUCUUCAUGAUGAAACCCCUCCUGCUUUUUUCUUUCUCAGUGCCAAUGUCUCUCUAGGAUGAUUCUUCCUGCCCCAUGUUUACCUGGAAUGUAUUUUAACUAUUUUUGUAUGGUCUCAGACGUGCACAUUUUGUACACUGUGCUUCCUCUGCUGCUCAGCAGUGUGCGCCAGGGGCUCCCUGGCGGCCAGCUGUGGCCCAGCAGUGUUGGUGACACCCAGACAUUCAGUUCAAAACCAGACAAAACCCCAACCCAAGACCACUGUUUUGUUCUCCAGUUUUUAAUGUUCUUAGGAGUAGGUGCUGUGAGGUGAUCUGGAUUUUGUCCCUUUUUUUGUCAAAAUGUACUGCACCUAUUUAUUGUAAUGUAAUAAAAUAGUUAUGGUGA